AUGGAUCCCUCUGAGCGAAAAAUUAGCUUCCUCUGCCAUUCCUUUCACUGGGUGCUGAAUGUUGCUGAGGAUGGAAGGUGCACUGGAUCUGGUGGCAGCAUCGCCAAAUCGGGAGGCCAUUGUGGAGUAACGAACAUCACCAGAUGGAGAGGAGGCGGUAGGGACAGAGUUGUGUGUGGUGGCGGUGGGAGAUUUAGAGGCGGCGAAGAGGCGUAG